UUAUUUAUAAGCAAUGCAUUUAAUUUACUGAUAACUUCGUUGUCUCUAGACUUUGGACCAGAAAAGCCAAAUAAAAAUAAAUAUUAGAAAUGUAACUGUUGUUAUAAGUUUACAAUUUAACAUAAUGUCGAUAUUAGGUUUUAUAAUAAUAAGCUUGGUAUUUUUAAUUAUUUUAUAUCUUGCAAUAUUUUUUAAAUUUGGUUAUGUUGACUGUGAAAGCAGUGUUUGUCUGGUUGGAAAAACAGCAUUGGUUACAGGUGGUAGCUCAGGGAUCGGUUACCAAAUUGUACUUUCUCUGGCAUCACGAGGAUGUAAAGUUAUAAUAGCUGAUAGAAUAGUAGAUGCAACCAUCAAAGAAGCUAUCAUUGGUGAAACAGACAAUUCUAAUAUAGUUUUAGAAUAUGUUGACUUUGCUUCAUUUAAAUCUAUCAGGAACUUCGUUCAAAAGUUAAAAACAUACGAAGAAAAAUUGGAUAUUUUGGUAAAUAAUGUUGGAAUUGGCAAAGGUCCUGAAACUCCCUCUGGAGAUGGUUUAAAUCAGACCUUACAAAUUAAUUAUUAUGGUCCAUUUCUUCUAACUCAUCUACUUAUAGAUUUACUGAAAAAUAGUAAUGGUGGCAGAAUAAUCUUCACAGCAUCAGUAGCAUCUUUCUUUCACAAUAUGACUAGAGAUUUUGUAACGUCGGAUACUAUACAGCUUCCUCUUUUUAGAAUGCGUGACUAUGCCAACGCAAAAUUAAUGACUGUUGUAACAUCAGACAUGUUUGCAGAAAAAUUAAAACGGUUCAACAUAACUUGUAAUUGUUACCAUCCUGGGAUAGUCCAAUCGACAUUUUUUAAAAAUACUCAAGUACAUUUGAAUUAUUACAGUUUUUGGGAUCUGUCAAUUUAUUUUUCACUUUUUCUAGUCUCCAUUUUAUUCGGAGUGUCGCCAAAAAAGGCUGCCCAAGCAGGUAUAAACUUAGCUACCUCCAAAAAAUUUAAAAAUACUACUGGGAUAUUUUUUGGAAAAUAUUUUCCUAAUUUAAAACCAUUACAUUCAAGUGACAAAGUUUUCUGUAACAAAAUAUGGGCAGCAUCUGAACAGAUUGUAAAAUUGAAACCAGAAGAAUUAUUAUAGAAAAUAAAAUUGAUUAAAUAGAAG